GCAAAUCGCUGCGGCGGAAGAUCAUGCAACCGGGCGGGGGAAUAAUGGAACCACCACUACGACAACCUCCUUAGUUUCGAACGCGACAAGCAUUGUCCGGCCCACCGAGCUGAAACCACAGUCCUUGCGUACCGCGGUAACGGAAAAGAAGAUCGGCACGACGGCGAGCAGCGUGUCCGGCGGGAGCAGCUUCACGAAAAAGAACCGCAGGAGAAAUCUGGUUGCGCAACACGCUGCUCGCCGGCGCAUGAACAAGGGGCCCAACUACAAGCCUGACGGAGUUACAGAACAGGACGAUAGUGGUUUGAUUAAAAAUGCAACACCUGCCACAGCAGCGAUCGCGGCAGACAGUCUGCUGAAACACCAGGUCAGCCAGGCGAGUCGCGCGUUGCGCGUGGCGCAGGCCAUUUUGCGUUUGCUGCACGAGGCGCAGGAGUUGAAGGUGAUUCCCCAGGUCUCGCAACUCGAAGAGAACAGCAAGGAACAGCUGCACAACCUCUGCGCCAACAUGUUCAGCGAAGAUAGUCUGUACUUCCUCGGCAGUGCCAAGGAGCCCCUCGCGGC